AUGAGAGCGAGUUUACCGCUUCGACUGGCGAGCUCCUCGUCAAUUCCCGCUGGGUCGGGGCUGAGACAAACGCCAAUGGCUCUUCUGCCACCAAUCCCUCUCUAUCGUCGUCUGCUACGAGCUCACCGAAGAAAACUCCCGGCGGACUUGAGAUUUCUAGGCGAUUCCUACGUUAAGAGCGAAUUCCGGGCUCACCGAAAUGUGGAAAAUCCCAUUCAUAUUAUCGGGUUUUUGACAGAGUGGCAACUUUAUGCACAACAGCUUGAGGGAGAUUCAUGGGCUGAUGGGAAGCUGGACAAGGCAAAGAUUGACAAGAUGAGUGAUCAGCAAAUCGGUCAAUUAUACGAACUCAUGCAGACAAUAAAGAGUGGUGACGGGGAUGGUAGUGAAGGCGACUCAUGA